CCCGAUAAAGCUCUCAUGGCCAAGCUUAUCGAAGCUUUCGACAUGAUGACUGCGCAAGAAAAUCAGUUUUUGGGUGUUCUCAAGAAUAUUGUGGAUAUUCACAAUCAAGCCACAAAUGAUGUGGCUGAGGAAAUGCAAAUUAAGAAAGCAGAAGCAAAAACCGAGAAGCCGCCCACUGAAGAGGCGAAGAAGGAGAAGAGUGACGAAAAGGAAGAAGAUGAUGAAAAUGAUGAGGAAUUGAUCAGAGAGACACUGAAAGAGUUAGAAAUGGUCUCACUGAAAGCACUUGCAGCCGCUGAAUUGAAUGAAAAGUUGGUGGAGACACUGCAGAGACAUAAGAAAAGUGAAAAUGCUGAUGAGGGCAAAGCCAUCCCAUAG